AUGGAGAACGUGAAACUAGUUGAGAAGGUUGUAAUUGCACCAGAAAAACCGAAACAGCCCCGGAGACUUUUCUUAUCCAACAUAGACCUGGGCCUUGUUGUGUACCAAGAGACGGUUAUCUUUUUUGAUCCUCCAAGCAAUGGGAUGAGCUUCUCCGAGGCUUAUCAUAGCUUGUUUCGCACACUCGGUCCCUUGCUAGCUGAAUAUGAUUUCUUAGCCGGGAGGCUUGUGCCAAGUUUGGAAGACAGCAAUCGCUUUGAAAUAGAAUGCAACGGUGCAGGUGUUGUUGUUGCUGCAGCUAGGACAGAUACCAAGCUGGAUGAACUUGGUGAGCUUUUGGUACCCAAGAAAGAGUUCAGGCAGUUUGUUGCUUUCUUGCUACAAGAGGAUGAGGAAAUGGAUCUCAAAGACAUGCCCCUUGUGUCGUUUCAGUUCACUCAGCUUGGAUGUGGAAGCCUAGUGUUUGCCUCCAGGUUCAAUCAUUGCGCAGUCGACGGGGUUGCAGUCCGGGAGUUUGAGGCAAAUUUGGCAGCUCUAACUCGCGGUGGUAACUUAGUCAUUCAACCAAAUGCAGAUCGAAUAAUGUUCAAAGCUCGAAACCCUCCAAACAUCAGUUUCCCACAUUUUGAGUACUCAAAAGCCACUGAUAGAACUGGCAUAUUCACUGUCCGUGGUAUGAGUGGCACCAACAUGAAACUAUCCACAACUCUUAACCCAACGCGCCUCAUCUAUUUGUCCCAAGAUCGUGUUGCCAGCUUGAAGAAGGCAGCCCUUAAAGAUGGGAGGUUGAAGAGCUGCACUAGUUUUCAAGUUGUUGCAGCAAUGACUUGGAAGGCAAGGAGCAUUGCGGUUGAUAUGCCGGAUGAAAAAAUUUCAACUAUUUUGAUUCCAGUCGAUGUUCGCAAACGAGUUGUGCCUCCAGCCCCGCCUGGAUUUGCUGGAAAUGCAUUGGUUCCUGCCUUUGCACAUGCAACUGUGAAGGAGCUUAAGGAGGAAGAUGACUCUUCCCUUGUGAGGAAGGUGCAAGAAGGGGUAGAGAGAUUGGAUGAUGAGUAUGUGAAGUCAGGGAUAGAUUGGUUAGAGGUGAAUAAAGGGGUACCUUGUGAAGAAAAUAGCUUCUCACUGGUGUCAUGGUGGAAAUUAGGGAUAGAGCAUGGUGAAUUCUCAUGGGGAAAAGUUAAGUGCGCCACGUCGGUUCUACUCAAGCCAGGCCUUGUCAUGCUGCUGCUAGGACCGGAAGGAAAGGGAGGCCUCAGCAUAUGCCUGGAACUACCUGAUGAUCAAAUGGAGUUGUUCUGCAGGUUGAUGCUGGGCGAAUAG